GGGGCGUGAACUCUGGGUGUAAAAGUGGUCAACAAAACAUGAUCUGCUCUAGUGCUCUACGCAGCCUUCAUUGUUCUCUGGCAGGUCGGAUUCCAUUGCAAGUUAUACAGCAACAGUGACAGUUGAUCGAUCCUCACUCGAAGCCAGACUAGAUCUAGAUCUACUUGAGGAUUAGGAAACGAAGCUGAAUUGUGGAACGGUACAUCAGUUGAUUCUGUAGAUUCGUUUGGAAUUUAGAAAUCACGCCUAACGACAAGUCACAAGUUGACUUCUCCAGAGCAACUGUCAACAACAAAACAAAUCAAUGAAAAUUAUUGAAAAGGAGUUGACAGUACAGUGUUGUCUUCACAAGUAGGCUAGAUCUAGAUUCUAGUCUGCCAAAUCUACAGAAGCUUCCCUUUGGUCUAUAAUCUAAAGGACGUGGAUAGUCAGAUUCUUCAGACCUGUCUUCUUGAGUCCUGAACUAAGAUCUGUUGUUGACUGUUGGACUUUUUCUGAGUGGGGCACAAAAACUCAAACAAACGUCAGAAUGAAGAAUUUGGUUCCUGUUGCUGCAUUUUGCUUUGUGGUCCUGUUUUCUGCAGAGCUUGUGAGCUCAAGAUGGUGCACUAGGCUGAAAUCAGAGACAUCUGUGAAGACUUUUGUAGAGUCAGCAAUGUGUAAUGAGUCAUAUGAAGUUGACUGUGGAUGGUUUGCGAGCACAAAGUGUGUUCAGUAUGAUUCCGUUCCAUGCUUGGUGAAAAAGAAUCGCACAAUAAUCAGGUACAAGAUUAUUGAGGAAUGCUGUAAAGGUUACGAGCUGGACCCCAUCAACAAUAUCACUUGCAUAUGGAUACAUGGGGAAAUGGCGAGAAUAA